AUCACACCCCACUUCUCUUCUUUGACCUCAACAACAAUACAACAGGAUGCAGUACACGCCGUUUGCAUCUGAUAUCGAGCUGCCCUUCUACACGGCUCUGGCCUCCCACAAAAUCAACCAUGACAGGCUAGAUGACUCCGCCCGCUCCGUCCUGGGUCUGUACGAGAUCCGCUCCACAGAUGCUGCGAAUGCCUCCUGUCGAAUGCAAAUACAUGGAAAUGCUCUGACUAGUAGCGAAGCGCCGGCGAGCUAUUACCGUGCCGAGGGCAUGAUCAAGAAUGUCAAUACCAUCGAGGACUACCGCAAUAUGGAUAAGUCGCAGAUGAUUAUCCAGGCGGGCAAAACGAUCUGGGAUGCCAUCAAUGACGGCACGAUCUUCUCCUGUCCCUCCUUGUUAGCAUCCUUCGUCAUCCUGUCCUUCGCAGACCUCAAAAAGUUCAAAUUCUACUAUUGGUUUGGAUUUCCCGCCAUCCACUCCGAUCCAGCAUGGGUGCCCUUGGAUUCGGCUGAUUCCCCGCUCGAGUCCCGACAAAGUGAUAAUCCCGACAUGCUCCGGGGUGAAUAUCUAUCUUCCCAUGAAAGCACCGCCCUCGUGGAUGCGGUGCAAACCUGGAGUUAUAGCGUGGAUGCUCGUCAACGAGGCUUCUUCUUGGCCCGCAAACAACGAAAGACCCUGGGCGAAUCUGCACAUAGCAACUGGCAGGUGGCUUCACUAUCGGAAUACGAAAAUGGCUUCUUCACUGGUAUCCCGCUCGAGUACCGCUAUGUCUGCUUUGCAGAUCCAUCCAAUUACGAGAAUGCGCCAGGGUGGAUGUUGCGGAACUUGCUGGUGAUAGUUAAACAACGCUGGGGUCUUGACCGGGUUCAGAUUCUACGCUAUCGCGACAUUCAAUCGAAGCGUGAUCAAGGUCGAAGCAUAGUAAUUCGACUGGCAUCGAAAUUGGAUCCAGCAUCCGACACGAUGAAAGCACAUCAAACCCCGGGCUUGGUACCAAAGAUCACUGGUUGGGAGCGCAACCCCGCCGGGAAAUUGUCGGGGAGAAUCGUCAGUCUGACAGAGUACAUGGAUCCCGCAAGAUUAGCGGACCAAUCAGUCGACCUUAACCUCAAACUUAUGAAAUGGAGGAUCAGCCCGACGUUGGAUCUUGAGAAAAUUAAGCAUACCAAAUGUCUUUUACUUGGAGCUGGUACCCUAGGAAGCUAUGUUGCCCGGAAUCUGUUGGGCUGGGGAGUGAAUAAAAUCACAUUUGUGGACAAGGGUACCGUUUCAUUCUCCAAUCCCGUUCGGCAGCCGCUCUUCAACUUCGCCGACUGUUUGAAUGGUGGAGCACCGAAAGCAUAUCGUGCAGCUCAAGCCUUGACUGAAAUCUAUCCCGGUGUCGAAACGGCAGGCCAUCUUCUUUCGGUUCCCAUGGCAGGCCAUCCCACCGUGGACGAGAAUGCGACACGAGCUGAUUUCGAAGCCCUGCAAGCUUUGAUACAGGAACACGAUGCUAUAUUCCUUCUUAUGGAUACUCGAGAAUCGCGUUGGUUACCCACUGUUAUGGGGAAAGCGGCCGGAAAGAUUGUAAUGAAUGCAGCCUUGGGUUUUGAUUCCUAUGUGGUAAUGCGACACGGCAUUGCAGGGGGCGGAUCUACACCUGCAGAUCUCGGAUGCUAUUUCUGCAAUGACGUUGUGGCACCGGCUAAUUCUGUCAAAGAUCAAACUCUUGAUCAGCAGUGUACCGUUACUCGUCCCGGAGUAGCUGCUAUAGCUUCUGCACUCCUGGUGGAAUUGCUCGUUUCAGUUCUGCAGCACCCACAGGGUGCUGGUGCCCCGGCUCCUUUGAAAGGAAGUGAGGAGAGCGGGAAUCAUCCUCUAGGGCUUGUGCCUCAUCAGAUUCGAGGAUUUCUUGCCACGUUCGAAAAUAUUACUGUCACCGGCAAGAGCUAUACGUGCUGUAGUGCGUGUUCGGAAAAGGUGACGGCAGCGUAUGAAGAACAAGGUUGGGAAUUCGUACGAAAGGCUCUCAACGAAAGCGGGUACGUGGAGGAAUUGAGCGGGCUCAAAGAGGUCCAUGAGAAAGCCGAGGCCGCGCUGGCAGACGUGGAGUGGGAUGAGGCCUCAGAAAAUGAAGAAGCCGAAAUUCUGUAGGGCUCG